ACAUCCGUCUGCACAACAGCAUCUGAACAAGUGAAGAGGCGGCGGCUGACUAGAAGAGUGAGAAAGUGAGCAGCAGCAGCUAGCAAGCUUACUUUACACUUGUUCCUUAAUUAGCACACUCCUGCCGGCCAGUCGGCCACUACUACUACCUCGUCGGGAGGCAGAGGAGCCGGGCAACACUUCCUCGGAGCGGUAGAGCUGCUGAGCGAGCUUCAGGGACGGAGGCAUGGGUCUUAGGCCAGUCCGUUGCUUGGCAUCUCUUCUCCUCCUUGUUCUCUUCUGCCAUGCUGCAGGGAGAGGAAGCGAGCAGAGAGCAGAGGAUGCAACUGGCAUGACGAAGCUGGGGCGGGCCGACGAUGCGCCGGAGCGGGACGUGACCUCGCCGCUUGCCACCGUCCCAGUGGUGAACCCCACAGUCACAAAUCCAACGGCGAUGCCCACCGCGACGCCGGCAACGCAGACGCCGUCGCUAGCGAACCCGGUGGCCGGCGGUGGCGGGAGCUGGUGCGUGGCGAGCCCCGGCGCGAGCACCACGGCGCUGCAGGUGGCGCUGGACUACGCGUGCGGGCAGGGCGGCGCGGACUGCUCGGCCAUCCAGCCCGGCGCGAGCUGCUCCAACCCAGACACCGUCCGCGACCACGCGUCCUACGCCUUCAACAGCUACUACCAGAAGAACCCCGUCCAGACAAGCUGCGACUUCGGCGGCACCGCCGUCCUCACCAGCACCGAUCCAAGUACCUCGACGUGCCGGUAUUCAGCAACCAGCACCGGUGCUUCGGUUCUGAACACGACGACUCCGCUGACGCCGACGUUUGGGUCUCCCGGCUACGGGAAUUCUCCCCCUGCUGGAUUCGGAAACUCUCCUCCGCUCUACGGGUCCAUGUCGCCCCCGGACUACGGUGACAACACCAGUGGCGCCGCAGCGGCGAUGCCCGGCAUCAAGCAGAAAGCCCUGUCGCUGACGACGUGCCUCCUGAUCGCAACACUAUCACUGAACGUCUGAACCUGCACAGGUCGCAAGGAUCAAGUCGCAGCACUGCUUUUGUGCACGGUCAGUUGCGGUUGAGGCGCCGUGCAAGUACGCUGCAGGAAGAGCAGAGGCGGAUCACUGCCUCCCUUUUUAGCCGAUGUGUAUCGAUAGAUACAUCAUAGAUAGUAAACAUUGUACUGGAAAGUGUAACAGACAUUGAGCUCCUCGUCAUUUGUAUCCCUUACGCUUCA